CCCAGCUUGUUGGUCUACGUUCACUGAACUUCACAUGGAAAGCAAUUUCAGAUAUGCUUGGUGUGUCUGUGAAAACAAUUUUACGUCGAAGACAUGAACUCUCUUUACCAGUUGGGGAGGACACUUAUACUUGUAUUACAGAUGAAGAAUUGGACGAGAAAAUUUCAUCUAUUCUCACUUCAUCACCAAACUCAGGAGAAAGAAUGGUUAUGGGCGCACUUACUGCAAAGAAUCUUAAAGUUAAAAGGGAGAGAGUCCGUGCAUCAAUUUUCCGUGUCGAUCCAGUGAAUCGAAUGCUUCGAAGACAUACCUCAAUCAAAAGAAGAGUUUAUAAUGUCCCCACUCCAAAUGCACUAUGGCAUUUGGAUGGGAAUCAUAAGCUCAUACGAUGGAGAAUGGUGAUUCAUGGAGGUAUAGAUGGGUAUUCCAGAGCAGUUGUGUUCCUCCAAUGCUCUAAUAACAAUGAGGCUGUAACUGUCUUGGAACAGUUUUUGCAUGGUACUAGAAAAUUUCACUUUCCUCGUCGUAUACGCACAGAUCAUGGAACAGAAAAUGUGGAAGUUGCAAGAUACAUGUUGCAGAAGUACAACAUACAAUCCAAUCCUGUUAUUACAGGCAGAUCGGUCCACAAUCAGAGGAUUGAACGGUUGUGGAAGGAUGUCUUCACAUAUGUGCUGCAACAUUACCAUAAUCUUUUCUAUUUCCUUGAGGCAAAUGGUGACCUUGAUACAGACAAUGAAAUUCAUAUGUUUGCUUUACAAUAUGCUUCAUGCCAAGAGUGA